AUGGAAAAACCAUUGCAUGUGUUUUUGCUGAUACUUGAGCUAUAUGUUCUUCAAUCCACAUUGGCAACUAAGUUUUCAUCUUCACGUGAAUCAUUGGCACAUGAUGACGAGUGCUCUAUGUUAUUCCAGUUCAAGGAGCACAUCUCUAUAAACCAAUCUGCAUCUGAUCCUCAUGCUUAUCCAAAGGUUGCUUCAUGGAAGCUUAACAGGAGCGAUUGUUGCUUAUGGGAUGGAGUUGAGUGCAGUGGGAAAAGCUCAGGUCAUGUGAUUGGGAUUGACUUAAGCAGCAGCUUUCUUUAUGGCCCCAUUAAAUCCAACAACUCUCUCUUCAACCUCAUCCACCUUCGAACCCUAAACCUUGCAGAUAACGAUUUCCAAUUCUCACAAAUUCCAUCUGGAAUAGGACGUCACUUGCAUUUAGCAAAUCUAAAUCUCUCCUAUUCUCUUUUCGGAGGUCAAAUCCCGAAUGAAAUCACACAACUUACCCAAUUGGUUUCCUUGGAUCCACUACAAAAAAGUUCUUAUUAG